AUGACGCCGGGUAAAGCCGUCCGAGAGCCGGCCCAGCCCCGCCGCCGGCCGAGCGCUGCCCGCGCACCCCCCGCGGCCGCGCACACGGGUCGGGGCUUCGGCGGCAGGGCAGGAUGGACCUGGCCGUGGACCCGUACCUGGCCGUCCCGCUGCUCUUCACCGUCCUGGCCGUUAUCCUCGCCUCCGUCUUCGUGAGGCUGCGGGGAGGCGGCGGCGAGCGGGCGGCGGAGCGGCCCCGGGAACCCGCGGCGGAGCCGGCUCGGGAGGGCGGCCCCGGGGGCGAAGCGGCGGCAGCGCCCCGGCAGCCGCCCCCGGAACCCCAGCAGCCGCCUGCAGAGCCCCGGCAGCCCGGGCACCGGGAGGAUGCGGAGAGCAAGAUACCACCGUUGGGUGCCUCACCUGGAUCCAGCCUCGGGCACGCAGGACAUGCAGAGGACACGUKUGGCCACGCAGCACUUCCCAGCCAUGCAGAGGAAGACGAGGUGGACUCAGAAAACGAGAAACUGGUGGUGAGAGAGCCAGAGGAUGAAGAUGCUGCAGAGGAAACAUUCUCUUUUAAAUACAGUCCUGGAAAGCUGAGGGGAAACCAGUACAAGUCAAUGAUGUCCAAAGAAGAACUMGAGGAAGAGCAAAGGGUUCAGAGAGAGCAGCUGGCUGCCAUCUUCAGACUGAUGAAGGAAAAAAGUGACACGUUUGGAGAGAUGUCUGAAGGAGACAUGAAGGAGCAGCUCAGACUGUACGAUAUAUGACCUCGCACAGCCAGGGGAGGCUGUGCCCAAAAGCCAUCUUGGCCCUUGUUAUGCAGGACACUGGAGGCUGUAGUGCUUUAAAAGUGUCUCAGUAGUUAUUUUGCAGUUCCAGUUCGUUUUGCAAACACAUACAAGUCYGUGAUAUGUAUUUCAAAAGACUUGUAAUUCCUCAAUCUUUUUAUAAUUCUUCUUUGCAGAGCUAUCAUAUCGUACAGAGAUUUUUACCUCUUUCUGGCUGGGUCAUAUGGCUCAGUCCUACAAAGCAGUUAAGCUCACAAUUCUUUUUCCUGGCCAUGCUUUAUGCAAGUGAACUUUCAAGCCUAGUCUUUCUCAGUUUGCUAUCUGAAGAAAGCCAAAGAUAAUGGGUGUAAAAUGGAUGAAAAUAAUAGAAUAACUCAGGUUGGAAGGAUCCUGUAGUCCAACCUGCUGCUCAAAGCAGCAUUAGUUGUGAGACCAAGGUGGGGUUACUCAGGGCUUUAUCCUGUUGAGUCUUGAAAACCUCCAACUGCACAACCUCUCUUGCCAGGGAGGCUUCCAACCCUACAGUUAGAAAACAAAACAUCCAAAGGCAAGGCAUUAGCUCUGAUCUGCUGCCUCUCAUCUCCCUGGAAGGAACACUUCAUCCUCUGUCGCACUGGCUUUUUGAAACCAAUCCAAGUCGGUUCCGGCUGACCUCGUUGAGCUCAUCCUCACGCCUGAGGAAGCAGMAGCAAACUCCAACCUGGAAACACAAACAUCUCCUUGCCUCCUGCUGAAAGGAGAACAGAAAGGCGGCUGGAUUUCUGACAAGAAUUGUUGUGUUUACCUCAGAUCCUGCUCUUCUCAUAUAAAAUUACGAGGGAAACUACCUGUGUAGGAAAUCUCUGUGAAUUUAUCAAGUAUUUUGAAUGGUCUUGACCAGCCCUUGGUAGUUUGGAUACAGUAAAUCAAUGAGCAUUCCUAAUUAUAACUAAAUGUCUUCUGGUGUGSUUAUCUCUCCUAUGAAAUCCUGUUAAAUACUUUCUUAUCAGGAAGGAUUUGCUUGGUUUUAAUAACUGCUCACAAAGGGAGGCAACAUUUCCUGACCCAGUUUUAGGGAAUGAUCACUUAAAAAAUUAGGUUUGCUUUAUUUUGUGUAAUCUUCUUCAGCCUAAGAAACCUAAUAUCUCCUUAUCUGGUCGCUGCUUCCCACUAUAGUGUAUUCUAUAAGAAGACACUUAGACUUUUAAGAAUCAUUUUAUCUUCUAAUUGUUUUCACUUAGGUCAAGGCAUAUUUAUAACAAGAUCAAGCUGGCUUUACUACUAGUCAUGACUUAAUCUAAAUUUAAUGUCUGAAAAUUAUCUUUUCUUAUUCAACAUGAACAAAUUAGGAGGGAAAAUUAGUCCCAUGAUGUGAAACAUCACACUAGCUUGCUGGGUGAGGACACAGUUUCCUUUGUCAAGCUGAGCAAAGGGAAAAAUGUAGAAAAUUUGAACAUGGGGCUUGCCCCUAGUUCAAAACUGAAAUCAGGAUCUUUUCCAAAACUAUUCAUGAAAGCAAGCAAAGGAGAGAGAAGGUUUAGCUGAUUUUAAGUCUUUGUCUUGCCGACUUUACAGUUUAUUUCCAAAAUAACUUUAUGUUCUUUAUUUAGGGUUGGUUCUUCUCUGAAUAGGAACAUUUCUGAGGAAGAAAAAAAAAUCCCGAAACCUUUCAGAUUCUGAAUAUGAAAGCAAUGCACAAGGCAGAGCAGCUGGAAUGAAACCUGUCCUGUCCAUACCAGCUCCGAACAUCGUCACCAAAAUGUUCAGAUGCUGAUGAUGACARGACAGUGGUGAAAAACCUGUUUUUUGCUAGGCUCAGAUUUAAGAAAGGAAU